AUGUAAUUAACAACAUGGCGGACGAGAUGAGGUUGGAUGCGACUUAAUUGUAGCUCAAAUAUGCUUCGUAUUUGAUGGGAUUUCUGUGUCACAACGUCUUUUAUGUAACAUGGUAACAUCGAAUGAAUUCAGAACUAGAACUGCGGGAUUUUAUUUUGCCUUAAAGAGAAGGGAUCUCAAUGUCUCGCAGCUUAGUCGACAAGGUCAUAAGGUUGUGCGAGAGUCGUGGAUUUUCAGUGGAGUCGCGCAUUGAAAGUUCGCCCACUGGUCAUUACAGAUACCAGUUUGGACCACUUGGUACAGAGCUGAGGCGUAACUUGAGAAAUGCUUGGUGGUAUGAUGUAGUUAGAUCAAAGGGAAAUGUUUAUGGUUUUGAAUCAGCGUGUGAACUAGGAACUGGUGGGUUAGGGGACAAAACUCAUGUUACUAAUAAGGAAGAAUCAACAGCUACGACUGAAGGAGAAAAGCCAAAGGGAGAUGAUUUUGAUCCAUUAAAUAACAAUUUUCUUCAAUAUAUGGCUCAUUUACUCGGAAUCAUUCCUGGAAUUGAAGUACCUUUUGGCACGGCGUGGAACAGAAAAUACUGUGAAAGUCCAAACAAUGAUCAUUAUAUUUUCAGGUAUUUGGGUCUUAAAUACUUAGAAUGACUAUUCUGUUUUGAGAGUCUGAUUGAUCUAUAGUUAGAUUUAUCAAACUUUAAACCAAGUUUCUCUUUAAAUUUGCCAAAAUGCAGCUGAAACCAGCCACAUGAAUCUGAUACACGAAGACAAUAACUAACUGACUAACCUGUCAGUUUCAAUGGUUUAGAGUUACAACAUUUGACAGAAAAACGAAACAUUUUAUCCAAAAUCCUGUAAUUGGCUAGUUUGAAAGUGAUGAGCAGGUUCAAAUUUGUGUGCUGAGAGUUUAAUUUUGGACAAUAUCUGGUAUAUUCUUCAAAUAUAAACUAAUUUACUGGUUUCUUUGUGGUGUAUGCUAAAACAAUUAUUCACCUCAGUGUCGGUGAAAGUGGUGAGUAUUUGCCUCCACUUUGGUGUUUCAUUGUUAAUUAAAAUGGCUGUUAUAUUUAUACUGGUGUUUAACCCCCAAAAGAUCCAGCAUUUUUUUUUUUGUUUUUUUUUUUCAGCACUUGUCAUUACAAAGUUUGCUAAUUAAUAAAUUUAUGUAAAUGUGUAUAUUUGUAUACUCUUAACAAAAGAUUUUCACCAUAGAUCACUAAACAGAAAUUGUCUCUUUAUUUACAGUUCUGAUUUUAAAAAUUUCUGUGAUGUAUUGAUCUUUGAGAACAAAAAAUAAAAACAGUUCACAUGUCUUGUAAAGUAUACUAGUAGCCCUUGUUGUUAUGAGAAUUUGGCUUACUGUGGCUCCCUACAGGGGAGUCCAUCUAUCCCUGAUUUAUUAAAUACUUAACUAUUGAGUACCAAGGUAAUAGGAGUAGGAGAGAUGAGGAAUGAGUCAUGGUUGUUUGAAUAUUCUUGAGAAAAGAGAUCAUUAAUACUAUUAAUAUUAUUCUUUAUCAAUACAGGUAAUACCUCUCUCCUUCUAAAUAAAAGAACAGAAUAUCAUUUUUUCUUGGCACAGAAUUACCUCUCCACACCCAUAAUGGAACAAUUUGUAAUGAUGUUUCUUUCUAUUGGUCUUUGUGCAGGUCUUUUGAGAGGGAGAUCAUGUCCCUUGAAUUCUUUUGUGCUGAAAAUAGAGUAAAAGAUUGGACAAAUCAUUGGAAAAGACAGAGACUUGUCUGGUGGAGAAAAUUUGCAAACAUUCGGUCUAAUUACAGUCUUUAUGAAGAACAGAUAGAACUAGAAUCUGGCUCAUACAGUAAAACCUUUAUAAAGGUAUCCAAUCAUGCUCAUUUGAGGUCACAUUACCCUUUAAAACUGUGAAGUUCACAUUUUGCACUAAUGUCUUGGACUAACGGUUCUGUUUGUGACAGAAACUUAUGGAAUGUUUUCUUGUCCUGUUCCAAUGUAGGGAAAAGGGUGUGAUAAAGAUAAUGAUUUUGACUUUUAACUUUUAUUGAUAAAAUUUAUGUUUUAAUUUUGUUGUAAUAAUUAUGUGCAACAUGGUCACGGAAAGCGAAAAGUUAUUGAUAAGGAUGUCUGUCAAGUAGAAUCAAAAUAUGCACAAGGAAAUGAAAUGGUCAUGAUUGCAUAAAAUGAUUUAAGGCACAGUCAGGUGAUGUUUUAAAGUUUUUGUUGUUGCAUGAGCUACAAGCAAGUGAAAUUUGAAAAAUUUAGGAAGUUUUUUGGGAGGCUGUAUGUUACAAAGUGCACAAGCAGCUCACCAACCUACCUAUCUUACACUGCCUUGGACAUCCUGUAAGGCCAAAUUUAUCAGAAAAUUUGCAGAUUAUAUGGCUUAUAUAAAGGUUGAAUGGUUGAAGUGCAAAUGGUUGUAUAUUUUUAUUAUUUCACGAGUGUCACUUACUACUCUCUUUUCUUCCAGUAUAUGUUUCCAUGGGGCCAAGAAUCAGUUGACUCUAUUACUGUAAGAUCAGACCUACACAAGUACAUAGGAACAGAUGAGUUCAGAGGACUACCAUUCAACAAGAAAUCAAUACCUCAUGUCAUCCAGGUCAAAACUGAUCUUAAUAGAGGUAAAUUUUGUUUGUAAAGUCCUUGGUUUGCAAUACUUCUGUUACCCUUUUCUUGUUUUUGGCUUCUGUUAGUCUCUCUUGAGUUCUUUUGCAUUCCCACCCUUCCCCCAAAAAAGAAAAAAGAAAUAUAUAUAUUAUUAUAUAAUAAUAAUGAUGAUGAUGUGUGUAGACCGAGGGCUGUCCCUCCACCAAAAUUGCCUUUGUGGAUCCUAGAUGGUAACCCUAAAACUUGCAUAUCAUUUUUAUCCAGGAGGGAAGAUUCACUCUGCAAGCAAGAUCAAACACAAGUAGUGUUCUUGCUAAUUGUAUCUGUUGUUUGUCAUGUAUGUGUAUCAAACAUUUCUAUUCAGGAGAAUGGAUUUCAUAAUUUCAUAUUGUUGCACCAUAAUUUUUUCAAUUUUAAGGAUUUCUCGCUUCUCUGAUGGACGCAUAUUCAGAAAAGGAAAGAUCUGAUUCCAGUGGCAAAGUUAGUCUCUGCACAGUUCUUCAUUUGCAUCCUCAGUUGGCCCCUAUCAAAGUUGCUGUUCUUUCCCAAUACCCUCAACAUAAUGAGCUCUGUGAAAUAGCUCAGCAGUUGUCAUCAGAGCUUCGAGAGGCGGGUGAGUUAAAAAUUGUACCACAGUCGAACCUGUAUUAAGCUGUCAGUUGUCAAAGUCCCGAAUUUGUUUCCGCUUAGUCACUGUAGUUUUCACGUCUAUUAAACAGUUACCUCUAUUAAGCGGUCUUGGUCCCUUUUAUCGUCCUCCACCUGUAUUGAAUGGUCACUGAAAGCGGGACCACUCUAAUAAAAUAGCCUAUCCUGGACCAAUUGAAUCACGACUGGUGUCGGUGGAAUCUGAAGUUAAACAAACAGUUUAUUUCGGAUUAGUUACGUCACAAAUAGACGCGCAAAGAAGUUAAUUUCCUAGUCGAGAAUUUGUUUGACUUGCAUUGCGACUGGAUUUCGUAAAACCAAGAGUGAAUUCAUCUCCAGACAAUCAGACUUCCCAAGGCGCGGAAUAACUCGUGACCAAGUAUCUAUUGAUUUUAGUUCAACAUCUGUGUAAGAAGGAAGAACAUUUCUAGACCACUUACAAAGCGAAUUGGAGCAAAGCCAAUACGAUCCCCGAUAACUUUCGAGCCUGUUUCAACUCCAACUCGAAAAGUGCUGUAUAAAUGACAUUGCGAAAUAGGAGAAUAGUAACCCAAUGGUUUUUCUUCAUUUAAAGGUAUUACCACACAGUGUUCCCUUCACUCCAAUGCAGAUGAGUGUUAUGCAUAUCAGGAUGAGAUUGGGACCCCAUACUGUAUAACAAUACUUGAUACCAUACUCACAAAUGGCGUUGUGGCGUUCAGAAGUAGAAACACCACUCUUCAGGAGUACGUACACAUAUCGGAGGCAUUACUCACUGUUAAAUCACACCUUGGAUUGAAUGAAUAAAUAAAUAGAACCAUCACGCGUUACUUUGUCAAUUUGCUUGACUUAGUCGUAAUUAACUCUGUUG